UUAUCUUAAAUCUCAAUUCUUAAUGAUAAAAUUGUAAUUUGAUUUUAUUUCAUGAACUUAAUUCAGUUAAGUUUUUAGUUUGUUGGUCUUAUAUUAUUACAUUACUUUCAUUUGAUUACUUGGUUGAAAAAUUGUACGCCAUUUACGGUAAACAAAAAUGUUUUCCUACUAGGAAGAUUAAGUACUUCAAAAAUUAUUAUUUAAUCACUUAAAAAUGGAUAAAUAUGAAAAUUGGGGAACGGCCGAAAAAAAUGAAUUCUUGGCAAAGUGUCACGAGUUUGUUAAUACUUCUAAAUCAGAAUUUUCAUUGACAAUUAAUAGUAAUGGCAACCCUACUGAUUUAGCAAAAGCUAUUCUUUCAUUAUUAAUAGCAUGUAUAAAAGGAAAGAUAAAAAUGACCAUGGGUUUAUCUAUUUUAAGUGAUAUAUGUUCUAAUACAGAAGUAGCUUCUGUUGUAAUGGAUGUUUUCAACUAUUUAGAUACUGAAACAGCACUGUCAGAUAAUGUAGGACCAGAUAGAGAAUAUUUUAGUAAUUUUGUCAAAGAAUCACAAAAGUUAUUAACAGAUAAAUUACUUAAAGAAAGAUUAGAGAUUGACUCAUUAAAAGAUAUUAAGUUAUUAAAUAACAUUUUUUCUACAAAAUUUAUAAAAAUAAAAACCAAACUUUUCUAUAAGCAGCGAAAGUAUAACUUAUUUCGUGAAGAAUCUGAAGGUUAUUCUAAAUUAGUUACUGAAUUAAAUUCUGAUAAUAUGGAUCCUAAAAUUAUGUUGGAGAUAAUCAAGUCAUUGAUUGGUUGUUUCAAUUUGGACCCAAAUCGUGUUUUAGAUAUUAUUUUAGAUUCAUUUGAACAUCAUACAGAUAAUAAAGCUGAAAACUUUUUCAUUCCAUUAUUACGUGAUUACAUGCCUGAAUCACAGAGACUGACUGAAGUGUUGGCAUUUAAAUUACGACAAGUGAAUGAUUUAACUCGUUCCUCUUACAGAUUGAUUGCUUUAUUAAUUCAGUAUAAUUUAAUUGAAUUGGAUAACAUUUAUCCCUGGUUGACUCCAGAUGAUAAGGAUAUUAAAUCAAAUUGGGAAAAAGAUAUGAAGAUUGAGCAAGAUUAUCUGAGAAAAGCUUCAAGUAUGAUUGUAACAAAAACCCCAGAAUCUGAAUCUACUGAAGAUAAUAUUGAACCUAAAUCUAAAGAAAAUCAAAAAUUCUGCUUGUGUGAAGCAAUGUUAGAAAUAGGAGAUUGGAAAAAUGCUCAAGUAUUAAUUAAAAGAUUUCCUGAAUACUAUGUUGUUGAGCAUCCUCCUAUUGGCGAUGCUCUUUGCUUUCUUAUUAAUCAAGUUAUACAACCUGUUUAUAUUCACGUAUUUAAUCUUCAUUCAAAGUCAAUGAAGCAUUUAUCUGUAACCCAACAAAAUUCGCGGUCUAUUAAACCUGUAACAACAUUGGAGGAAUUUCAUGAUAUAGUUUUACCAAUGUUAAUUACAUUAGGUCCAGGCCUAUACCGUGAUCCAGUUCUUAUGUUUAAAGUGGUCAGAAUUGUGAGAGAAGCAUUAACUAACGAAGGAAUUGAAAAUAAAGAUUAUGUUCCAUCUGAAACUGGUUUUUACUUUGAUACUUUAUCAUUAUUGGAUCGUGUCUUGCUUCCUGCAUUAUCAUUAGCUGAAGGAAGUAGUAUUUCUGAACAUUUGUGGACUCUAUUACAACUAUAUCCUUAUCACUGCAGGUAUGCACUUUAUAACAGUUGGAAAAAUGAUACACAUAAAUAUCAUCCAAAAUUAUUAGCAAAAAAAAUAGAUGUACAGAAAAAAGCUAGAUCUGUAAUGAAGCGUCUUUGCAAAGAUAAUACUAAACCAUCAAGUCGUGUAAUUGGAAAAAUAUCACACUAUGCCCCUGGCUAUUUAUUUGAUUAUAUAUUAGGACAAAUCCAAGUAUUUGACAACUUGGCGAGCAUUGUAGUUGAAUGUUUAAAAUACAUGACAAAUUUAUCAUUUGAUGUUCUUGGAUAUUGUAUUGUAGAAACAUUAGGCAAAAGUGGUCAAGAUAGAGUAAAACAUGAUGGUACUUCCAUUUCAGUAUGGCUUCAGAGUACAGCAUCAUUUUGUGGUGCAAUAUUUAAAAAACAUCCUAUAGAACUAACAGGAAUUCUUCAAUAUGUUGCUAAUCAAUUGAAAACAGAAAAUAGUUUGGAUCUCCUUAUUCUUAAAGAAAUCGUAUUAAGAAUGGCUGGUGUUGAGGUUAUGGAGCAAAUAACACCUGAUCAAAUUGAAGCUAUGUCAGGUGGUGAUCAUCUAAAAACUGAAGCUGGUUACUAUAAUCAAAUUAGAAACACGAAGAAAUCUUCUAUUAGACUUAAAGAAUCAUUAUUAGAUAACAAUUUGGCUGUAGCUUUAUGUCUAUUAAUUGCUCAACAAAGACACAGUGUAAUUUAUAAAGAACAUGAAUCUAUUCACAUCAAACUUGCUGGACAACUCUAUGAUCAAUGCCAAGACACAUUAGUUCAGUAUGGUACAUUUUUGGGAUCCACGUUUUCUAUGGAAGAGUAUAUCAAUCACUUGCCAUCUGUACAUGAUUUACUUGAUCAACAUCAUGUACAUAUGGAUGUAGCAUUUUUUUUAGCUAGACCUAUGUUUAAUCAUUCCAUAAAUACUCGUUUUGAUGUAUUACGUAAAGCUGAUCCUAAUGCAAAAAAGUCAUUACCUGUACGGCAAACUAAGUAUGCAGAAGCUCAUAAGGAAGUGAUGUCAUCAAUUGUCAAAUCUGUUGUACCACUACAUCCUGAAAAGGUAUGGGAAGACGUAUCUCCAGGAUUUUUAGUCACAUUUUGGUCAUUGACUUUAUAUGACUUAUGUGUUCCAAAUGAAGCAUACAAAAGAGAAAUUAAUAAACUUAAAGCUCAGUCUACAGCAAUGGGAGAUUCAAAACAAGCUAGUACUAAAGUGAAAAAAGAACAAGAAAGAUUAGGAUCAAUAAUUGCUAAAUUGAAUGAUGAAAAAAAAAAGCAACAAGAACAUGUUGAGAAAAUAUUCUUUAUGUUGAAUCAGGAAAAAGAUUCAUGGUUUCUAUCACGUUCUGCUAAAGCAGCAAAAAAUGAAACUAUUACUCAAUUUUUACAAUUGUGUUUAUUUCCUCGUUGUAUUUUCACACAUACAGAUGCUAUGUAUUGUGCUAAAUUUGUUCAAACUUUACAUUCAUUAAAAACUGCUAAUUUUUCAACUCUUUUAUGCUAUGAUAGAUUGUUUUGUGAUAUAACUUAUUCUGUUACACUUUGCACGGAAAAUGAAGCACAUCGCUAUGGUAUAUUUCUAAAUGAAAUGUUAAAAAAUGUAACUCGUUGGCAUUCUACAAAAGAUAUAUUUGAAAAAGAAUGUGCUACAUAUCCUGGUUUUGUAACUAAAUGUAAAAAUAGUGAUCAAUUCGUUCAAUCUAGUAAUGAUCAUGUGGGAUAUGAAAACUUUCGACAUGUUUGUCAUAAGUGGCAUUAUAAGAUCACCAAAGCCAUGAUGGUUUGUUUGGAGUCAAAAGAUUAUGUACAAAUUCGUAACUCAUUGAUCAUUCUUAUUAAAAUUGUUAAUCAUUUUCCUGUUCUGGCAAAAUUAGCUACUUUAAUUGAAAAAAAAGUAGAGAAGGUAAGAGAAGAUGAAAAGGAUAAACGUCAAGAUCUUUAUACAUUAGCAACAUCAUAUUGUGGACUUCUCAAAGGUAGAGCUAGUCAGUUUCUUAAAGACUCAGAUUUUCAUCAAGUUACUGAAAAGGUAAGUCAGGUAAAAAAUAUUGUUGAUAAUAAGUCUGAAGUUACAAAAAAUAAUCAAUCUAUUAAGAAAAAAGAAGAUCAGGUUCCUGAAGCUAAAACUCCACCAUUGCCUGUUGUCAAUGCUAUAAAUGGAACAUCAGUAACUGAAUGGGUCGAAGCAGAAAAAAAAGUUGUGGAUACUAAAGUCAAAACAGAAAAACGGCCUCUAAAAAUAUCAAGUACUGUGUCUGAAAAAGUUAAUGAAAGAAUUAUAGUACAAGAGAACUUAACAGAAACAUUAAAAGAAGAAAAAUCUGAUGAUUCAAAUGAUAAAAAAAGAGAGAAAAGACAAAGAGAUGAUAAUAUUGAAAGAGAAAAAGAUUUAUAUCUUGAUGUGUCCAAAAAUCAUUUGUCAAAAGAUGUAACUAGUAGUGGUUCAGCAGUUAAUCAUAUUAUUAAAGCACAGGUGCCUGUUAAUAUAUCUGAAAAAUCAAUUAGUAAUGAUGUAGAAGUAGCAAGUAAUGGUUCUCAUACUGCUACUGAUAAAGAUAUAAAACGAAAAAAGUUAGACACCAGUCCAAUUACGAAGCUGUCCAUGAAGCAUAAUUCUGAUGUCAAAUCUGAAACAAAUGGAUCAACAUUGGGAGAGAAAAAAGACAAGAAAGUUAAAAAAACUCAGUCUGCUGAUCCAACAUCAUUAAAGGAAACUCGUAAGGAUCGUAAAAUUAGCCGUAAACGGCAUGAACGACGUGAAGAUACUACGCCUGAAUUAAAGAGACGUAAAGAAGAUGAGAAACAUAUAAAAUCUACUGAUAUUCGUCAUGAUGAUAUCACAUGUGAUAAACAUAGGUCUAGCAGAGAAAAAUCACCCCACCCAAAAGAAUGGCCUGAGAGAACUGAAUCUCGUCAUAAAAGGCAUAGUAGGACAGGUGAUAAAAGGAAGUGAUCAUAUUUUCAUCAAUAUAAAUCAACAUUUAUAUAUAUUGUCAUAUAAAAUUGUGAAUAAUUAUUGUAUUUUAAAUAUUAUUUCCAUUGUAUUUUAUCAUUUUUUCAUUUUUAUUUUUUGUUUGUAUGUGUUAAUAAAGCAUUUUCUUAUGAUUGUAAUAUAUCAAUAGUCAGUUAA